UCAACCAUCCUCACCACCAGUGUGCACCGGAACGCCUAACAAUAUGAGGGCGAUAAUGCCUACGUCGGGAGAAACGCUACGGGCCUGGUUGUUGUCGGCGUUGGUCGUACACGGGGCAGUCGCGGGCAAUCCGGACGCCAAGCGACUAUACGACGAUCUGCUGAGCAACUACAACAAGCUGGUCCGUCCUGUCGUUAACACGUCCGAUGUGUUGCGCGUCUGCAUCAAGCUAAAGCUGUCCCAGCUAAUCGAUGUGAAUUUGAAAAAUCAAAUCAUGACCACCAACCUCUGGGUGGAACAGUCCUGGUACGACUACAAACUGCGCUGGGAACCGAAAGAGUACGGCGGGGUACAGAUGCUGCACGUACCCUCCGAUCACAUCUGGCGGCCAGACAUUGUGCUGUACAAUAAUGCCGACGGCAAUUUCGAGGUGACGUUAGCAACAAAAGCAACCAUAUAUUCGGAAGGUUUGGUUGAAUGGAAACCACCUGCCAUUUAUAAAUCAUCAUGUGAAAUUGACGUAGAAUAUUUUCCAUUCGAUGAACAAACAUGCGUAUUGAAAUUUGGAAGUUGGACAUAUGAUGGUUUUAAGGUUGACCUGCGGCAUAUGGACGAGAAGUCCGGCAGUAACAUCGUAGACGUCGGUGUGGACUUGUCCGAGUUUUAUAUGUCCGUCGAAUGGGACAUCUUGGAAGUGCCCGCUGUAAGGAAUGAGAAGUUCUACACGUGCUGCGAUGAGCCGUACUUGGACAUCACGUUCAACAUAACGAUGCGCCGGAAGACGCUCUUUUACACCGUCAACAUCAUCAUCCCCUGCAUGGGCAUAUCGUUUUUAACCGUGCUGACGUUCUAUCUGCCUUCGGACAGUGGCGAAAAGGUAACGCUUUCGAUAUCGAUUUUGAUUAGCCUUCACGUGUUCUUCUUGCUGGUAGUCGAAAUCAUACCGCCAACGUCGCUAGUUGUGCCUUUGUUAGGAAAGUAUCUCAUCUUUGCGAUGAUACUUGUGUCCAUUAGUAUAUGCGUCACGGUAGUGGUGUUGAACGUCCAUUUCCGGUCACCUCAAACCCAUCGAAUGGCACCGUGGGUGAAAACAUUUUUUAUCGACUUUUUACCACGAUUCCUCUUUAUGAAACGGCCACCGUACGUCGAAAACCACAGAAAACUGCUAUCCAAAGACCUACACGCUUGCUUUUAUCCUUAUUACUCGACUACUACAUUAAAUCGUAUAGCUCGUUUUACUAAUAGGGCUCCAUCUAAAGAAGAUCUUUCUCCGUCAAGUCUGUCAGGUACGGGACCGUUUGGUGGAAGCUGCCAAAUACAUGGACCGAUACAGCUGCCCCAUUCAGAGUCGGAGGAGCUGUCGAUGUCCACGGCCGCCGAUACGGCCGUCCCGUCCGGCAUCAAGAGCCCAGCGUUCAAGCAGCCAGCCUUCUCGCACAGCGUCUGUUCGACCGAGGUACACCGGAGCUGUUUCUGUGUGCGGUUCAUCGCCGAGCAUACCAAGAUGCUGGAAGAUUCGACGAAGGUAAAGGAAGACUGGAAGUACGUCGCAAUGGUGCUCGAUCGACUGUUUCUCUGGAUCUUUACGUUGGCAGUGUUGGCCGGUACCGCCGGCAUUAUACUGCAGGCACCAACGCUCUACGACGACCGGAUACCGAUCGACAAGACGUUCGACGAGCUGGCCACCUCGACCGUCGUCCGCUGUCCCCCGCAAUAACGCUCGCCGGCACUGUCGCAACUACCGGUUGGCUUUAGUUUCGGGUUCGGGUUGCUACUCGUGUGCGCCGCAGCCCUCAGCAGCUGCCUUUUCAUGUACGCCCGGCUGCGGGUCGCACGGUGCAGUCAGUCGGCCAAACAGAACGAUCUGCUAGAUGUAGCGAAGCGUGCAGGAUACAUGAUAGGUACGAACCAGGAACCAAGCUGUGUAGCGCGGUAGGGCGGUUGAAGUGUGUAGCGUGUCCACCGGAGUA